AAGUUGAUCUGCCUCUGAAAAAAGAUGGGUUCACCUCGGAAAGUACAACUCUGGAAGCCUUGCUGCGUGGAGAGGGAAUAGAGAAAAAAAUGGACACUAAAGAGGAAGACACUAUACAAGAAAUCCAGAGGGUUUUAGAAAAUGAUGAAAAUGCAGAUGAAGUGAAUGAGGAAGAGGAUUUGGAAGAAGAUAUUCCAAAACGAAAGAACAGGCCUAGAGGACGGCCAAAGACCCCCACCUGGAAAAAAAUUUUCCAGAAAAAUGCUCGGGGAUCUGGAGGUGGCAGGAGACGGAAUGAUGCUGCCUCCCAGGAUGAUCAUGACAAACCCUAUGUUUGUGACAAUAGUUACAAACAAAAGCAUAAGUCAAAAAUCUCCGACAAAG